AUGGGGAAGUCACCGUCGACGGGUAAGAAAGGCAGUGGAUACCACGGAAAUCGCGCGUUGGUGAGCGACACACGAUCUGAGAACGGGUCUGCAGCGUUUGAAGAUCCAGACGGUGAUGUGCUAUCUGCCCCUCCGCGAGUGGAGAGCACAAUCGUAAGUCGCGAGACCGCAACACAUCACGCUUUCGCUAAAAGUCGAAAGGAGGACUUUGUCUACUCCCCAACAAGGCACUACAUGCACAUUCUGAAUGAUCAUUGUCAAUGGAAUCGCGAAGUUCGAUCAGCUUUGCUGGUGGUGGUCGGACACUCAGGUGAUGGCAAGUCAGCAUUGCUCGCGAACUGGGCGGAAGAACGACAUUGUUCACUUAAGGGUGAGCGAGAGGUCAUCUACGAGCACUAUUGCGGCUGCUCCUACGACAGCGUGAAACUCUCGCUGUUUUUGUUUCGAUUCAUGAACCAGCUUGAAAUUUCUUAUGGUUUGCGCGACUUUGAGCUUCCGCGCGAGCACGAGGAGGAGAAAUUGAAAUUCUCCUUUAGUCGAUGCUUAGAGGCUGCGGCUGGAAAAGGGGAGCACACAACAGGACCAGCACCAAUGAGAAAACGGUACGACCUGGAGAUGACGAGAUUAAUCUCCAUCCUUAUAAUUGACUCGUUUGUCUUGUGA